GAUCUAUUUACGUUAUAGCAACUGACAGUAAACAAGAAAUCACAGUGAUUCUUUGCACAUUCUUUUCUCGUGGAAGUUUAUCCGCCAAAUAUUUCAGCUGUUGUUCGGUCGUGUCAACACUGAAGAGUGAGUGUUGCCAACAAAAUCAAGAUGGGGAAGAAAGUUGAGAAAUCACUGAAGGGGGAGAAAAACCAGUCAGCUGUAAGUCAGGACGAGGAGGAUCCAAACAAAACACCAGUACCUAAAGAGAGUUUUCAUAAGGAGGCGUCUGUACGUUUUCUUACUCCCGUAGAUCCACACAGACCACUAGAGCCAUACAGCUGCACAGGGAAUUUCCAGGCUGACUUUACAGAACUGUGUCGUCGUAAUUCCAUGGUAGCUAUACCUCCUGUGAUUCACCGAGCGCGACCUCCGACCCAGGCUGCACCGGAGAGCAGUAAACCGGAGAAAGGGAAAGAUAAAGGCAAGAGUGCGGUUCCUGAACCGGAACCAGAGCCGGAGGUGGAUCCGGAAGGUGAAAAUGCCGAGCCGCCACCUAAGACCUACAUCGUCAAGGAUAAGUUUGAAUACUUUAAACCGUCCAUCCAGGUAGAAAUGGAAAAUUAUGAUAAGCCUGAGACUGUAACAGAAAUCUACAUCAGGGGUUGGAAAAUAGAUGACAUCAUGAUGAACACACUAAAGCAAUGCUUGUCUGUGAUGGAGAAACUUCAUACCAUCAAUUUAUGGAACACAGGUUUAACAGGAGAGACAGUCAGUAUUAUGGCAAGCACACUGCCAAGUAUAGUCAACCUCAGGACUUUAAUUUUAGAUGGGAAUGUUGUUAAAGAGGAGAACUGGCAUGAACUGAUUACAGAUGAAAGUCCUGUACAAAAUCUUUCCUUGAGACACUGUGGAAUCACAGACAAGGGGGCAAAAUCUAUAGGAGAAGCCCUGGGGACAGUGAAGCGAGCCAACAAUAAACUGGUUACCCUUAACCUGGCAGGGAACCAGAUUUCAGAUCAAGGCACAAUAGACAUAGCAAAUGGUUUAAGGAUGAACCGUACUUUGAUGUCUUUGUCUCUUGCCAGUAACCAAGUUGGAGAUAAGGGCGCCAUCAAACUAGGGGAGGUGCUGUCUAGAUUUCCUCUGACACAUGAGGAGGUGGUAGAGAGGAGGAAACAGAAAUCUUCUCAGGGUUCCCCCGACAGAAAUAAAUCACCCCCACCUAGUCGCCGAGCAGACUCCAAAGACAGGCCAGGAAGUGUUAGGAGUAGUUCACAACACGAUAAAACUGACAAGUCCAAACAAAAACAGUCUGCCAAAACUAAGAAGGAUGCUGGUAAAGGAGGAAAAGAGGCCCCGAAGGAGGAGGACAAACACGACAAAACAAAAGGAAAGAAGGAUGAUAAAGCAGCAGCUAAAAAAGAUACCAAGAGCGGAAAAGCUAAUGAGGAAGAAUCAAGAAGAACCCAACACCGGGGUUCUAUAUCCAAAGACAAAGGCGGAAACACCACAGGUCGCAGUUCUGGAGCGGCAACAAUGCGAUUGGUCACAUCUUUUGCUGCGUCCUUAGUGGCUGACACAAAGAAUGCAGCCAAAGGAAAAACAAAGGGGAAAGACAAAGGAAAACCGUCCCAAGCCGAACCAGAGGACAUGGGAGAUUCUUCCUUUAUAAAUCCUCUAACAGACGAGGCUGAUUUCAUUGAUGGUCAGCUUUGGGUGCCAGGCAACCGAGCACUUAUAAACCUUAAUCUGUCACGUAACCAGAUUGGUGAGCAUGGUAUGGCAGCCAUUUUGAAGGCUAUGCAGUAUCAGACGACACUGGCAAUGGGAAGUAAAUCUGGAGGGACAGGGCUGAUGAGGAUCUGUGUAUUUAAAAACAAGAUUUCCUCAGACCAUGACAUUGUCAGAAAGAUAAACGAGAUCAUGCUUCCCAAAGAUCCAUUCUACAAACCUCCUCCUCAGACACCGGAAGUGGAGUCUACUUCCUGAAUAUAAUGGCUGUUCAUAAUGAUUUACAUCAGUUAUAUAACUUGAUUAUUUUGGCAAGACUGUGGUGUAAAUGGGUGUAGAAAUAGUCUCUAUACCAGUGAGGACUAAGGAUUCUUUUGUUUUGUCAAAGAAUUGUAUGUGAAUGGAGACAUCAAACCUUUUACCACAUGGCUGUGUUGAACUUGAAUGCAUUAAAUGCUUUAUAUUUAAAUGAACUUCGUCCAAAUGUGCACCGUCCAUGAAUGAAGUCUGUGAUAAUUCUAUGUUUAUUGUCUACAUGUUGAAGUUUUGUAAACUAUAUUUAUCUGAUAAUUUAUUUUGUUAUGUCUUUGAAUAUUUUAGUAAACAAUAAUGUAACAUGG